UUUGUCAAGUUUUCUCACUCCGAGAGCGAGAAGGAGCUGUCGGAGUUAGGAGAAGAAGGGAAGGAGAAUGGGACAAUUCCGGACGGCUACUGGUCCGAGGGGGAUAUGUCCGAGAAAAGAGGUUCUGGAGCGUCAAGUCACAGACACCAGAUUACAGAGUGGCAGGCCGCAUGGAACGUCACCAAUGCCAUACAGGGAAUGUUUAUAGUGAGUUUCCCGUAUGCCGUUGUACAAGGAGGCUACUGGGCCAUUGUGGCCAUGGUGGCUGUUGCUUACAUCUGCUGUCACACGGGCAAAAUCCUCAUCGACUGUCUCUACGAGGAGGACUCGAGUGGACGUCUGGUAAGGGUGAGGUCCAGUUACGUGGCCAUCGCCGAGGAGGUCUGGGGCCGGCGAAUUGGCGGGAGAAUCGUUAACUGCGCCCAACUUAUCGAACUUCUCAUGACGUGUAUUCUUUACGUGCUUCUCUGCGGCGACCUCAUCGUGGGGAGUUUCCCCAACACUCCCGUGGACCUUACUUCCUGGAUCAUGAUCUGCACGGCCCCUCUGCUGGCCUGCGCCUUCCUCAAGUCUCUCCGCAGGGUGUCCUGGUUGAGCUUCUGGUGCACUGUUGCACACAUGAUCAUCAACGCUAUCAUAGUGAUUUACUGUUUCACGAAAGCCGGCGAUUUCAAGUGGUCGGAGGUUCAGGUGAAAAUCAACAUCUGGACUUUCCCUAUAUCCAUGGGAAUCGUCGUUUUCAGCUACACCUCGCAGAUCUUCCUGCCCACUCUGGAAGGGAACAUGAUAGACAGGAGUAAGUUCAACUGCAUGAUGCACUGGACGCACAUCGCCGCGGCUCUCUUCAAAGCCAUCUUCUCUUAUAUAGGCUUUCUCACAUGGGGAUUCGCCACGAAGGAGGUCAUAACCAACAACCUGCCCACCGAAUCUCUGCGCGUCAUUGUGAACAUCAUACUGGUGGCCAAAGCGAUGCUGUCCUACCCGUUACCUUUCUUCGCUGCCGCGGAACUUUUGCAAACCACGUUUUUCGAUGGCAAGCCCCAGACGCCUUUCCCGUCUUGUUUUGACGACGAAGACAGUCUGAAGCCCUGGGGGCUAGGCCUUCGGAUGGGGCUGGUUAUAUUCAACAUGCUGUUGGCCAUAUUUAUACCAAAAUUUGCCCUAUUGAUGGGUCUUAUUGGAAGCUUUACGGGCACUAUGUUAUCUUUCGUCUGGCCGUGCUACUUCCACAUCAAGCUGAAAUGGCACAGUCUCAGGUGGCAUACGAAAAUACAGGACGUCACUAUUAUAAUUCUAGGGGUUAUUUUCGGAGCCAUGGGCGUGUACUAUUCCGGUCAUGCUCUAGAGAGAUCGUUUCACGGUGAAAGUCCUAAACCGUUUAAUCCCAGGCCAUUAAAUGAUGGAUAG